AUGGAUAGCAAUGGGUCUGUGGUGAUAUAUUUUGAACAUGGUGAAGAGCAACAUAUUUCUACACUAGUGAUGAAAGAAAGAUAUGAGGAGAUUACUUAUUCUGAGUUGGUAGAUAGAAUAGCAAAGAAAAUGAAGAUCAAUGUAGUUGUGACGAAGCUUCAAUUGAGUUACUUUCCGCUGGCAAUGAAUAAUAAGAGGCCUUGCUAUAUCUUGGAUGAUGAAGAUGUUUUAGGAUAUUUAAUGAAGGUAGAUAAGAAAAACCGACGUAGUGUCUUGCAUGUGGAGCUUAAGGAAAUCGUCUCAGAAAAUCAGAGUAACGAGAUGUUUUCUAUGAAUGAGGAAAAUCUGAAUGAUGCCAGAGCUAAUGAUGACAUGGCUGGAGUUGGUGAGUUGGAAAUUGUUCCACAUAUUCUCCCUCAUGUUCAGGAGGAUGAGUUAGAGCAUGAGAAAAUCAAUGAAGAGGGUGAUGAAAUGGAUGAUAGGGAGGAGUUGCCGGCAGUUACAGCAGUUGAACCUCCUGUUGUCAAUUCAGAGUGGGAUGAUGGCAUUGAUAUGAGUUUGCAUCAAGAAUUUGCGACUAGAGAAGAAGUGAGGGAUUUAGUGGACAAAGGUGUGCAUUCUAAUUGUUUUGAGGUUGAUAUAAUGAAGUCGAAUCCUCGGGUUUACAUAUUGAAAUGUCGUGGGGUUGGAUGCAGAUGGUAUUUACGAGCUGCAAAGCUGAAGAACUCUGCUUUUUUCUCUAUCAGAAUUUAUAGAAAGAUGCAUACAUGCUCGCGUGGAGAUGCAAGUGUCAUGAAGAAGAAGAAAAGAGGUACACCAGGCUUGGUCGCAUCAGUGGUGCACAAAGAUUAUCCUGGCAAAUACAAGACUCCGGAUCCAAAGACUCUCAUAGAUUUGGUGAAGAACAGACUGGGUGUUGUGGUUUCAUAUUCUACGGCUUUGAGAGGUAAAAAUAAAGCUUUGAGUGAUUUGCGUGGUAACCCGGAGGAGAGUUUUGCUAGGCUGUCAUCUUACUUGUACAUGUUACAAAUGAUGAAUCCUGAUACCAUUACACGAUUAGAAGGUGUGUACAAAGGAGUGCUUCUCAUUGCCACUGCUCAGGAUCCAGAUCAUCAUCAUUAUCCCCUCGCUUUUGCAGUAGUAGAUGGUGAGAAAAAUGCGAGCUGGGAGUGGUUUUUAACCAUAUUAAAAACUUUGAUACCAGAUGAUCCUCGGCUUGUGUUUUGUACUGAUAGAAACCAGAGCAUCAUCAAGAAAGUACACGAGGUGUACCCGUUGGCGAUCCAUGGAUAUUGCAAUUAUCACUUAUCUAAUAAUGUCAGCGGAGCAUGCAGCAAUGUUAACAAGAAAGGGGUUGCCAGUAAAUUUCGCCAAAUUGCUGGUAUAUAUAACGAGGUGGAGUUCCGAAAAUGCUACAAUGAUUUCAGGAGAACUUAUCCUCAAGCGGCCGCAUAUCUUGAUGACAGUGUUCAUGAGACCAAAUGGGCAAGAUGUAAAUUUCCGGGAGAAAGGUACAACAUAGACACAACCAACACUGUUGAAUCUAUCAAUGGUGUUUUGAAGGAACCAAGGAAAUAUGCACUGUUGCCAAUGCUUGAUGUGAUCUUGGCAAAGAUGACAGAAUGGUUUAACAAAUACCGUAUAGAAUCUUUACGCGUACCAGAGAGGCAGAUACUAGUCUCGUAUGUGCAUGGGAUAUUGCAUCAUAAUUAUCCUAAGGCAAAAAAGCUCACGGUGACCGAGCUAAAUACAUUUGAAGGUCACUACAAUGUGGUUGGCAAAGAUGGUCAUGGUUAUUUUGUUGAUUUGAGCAACGGAACAUGCUAUUGUAUGUAUUUUGAUAUUGAUCGGUAUCCUUGUGUGCAUGCACUUGCUGCCAUCAUGAAGCGUGGAGAAAUGGCUGAACAUUAUUGUUCUAGAUAUUACUGGAUGGAGCAGUGGACUUUGGCAUAUUGCAGGACAAUAUAUCCAGUGCCUCAUCAUUCAACAUGGGAAAGUUCUGAAAUUCCUGAGGAAAUCCGAUCUAAGGUUGUCUUCCCUCCGUAUGUGGAAAAAAAGAAAGGAAGACUACAAGUUACUAGAUUCUCAUCUGCAAGAGAAUACCGUAGGAAGAGAAAGAAGAAGUAUCCACCAUUGAUUGGUGAAAACGAAGAAAGUGGCAGUGAUGACAGUGGCAGUGACAGCAGUGGCAGCAGUGACAGCAGUGGCAGCGAGGCAAAUGGGGACGAGGGAGGUGACAACAAAAAUGAUGAGUGA